AUGGAGGGAGUCGGACGGGAUUUUAUAGACAAUUCAUUGCGGACGCCAUACGAACGACUCAGAAACGACUUUGAAAAACAGAAGAAUGAAAUAAUUUUUCAAGAUCGGCAGCUUCGUUGCGAGAUAUCAUUUUCAUUUGAGAACGACUACAACGAAAGUUUGGGGGUUGCGGGGUACUACUUGGUGCACGUGAGAGGAAAUCCAUCUGAUGAUGUUGGUAGACUAGUCCUUUCGGCGUGUAAACAGGCACAUCCACUUGAUAUUAUAUUUGUCGAGUAUGGUACAAAGAUGAUUGGGGUCGGACCAAAUAACAAAAAGUAUUCGUCCGAUGUUGUGCCGCGCAAGCACGAAUUACUGAACGAAAGUGCCAUUGCCAAUUUAUUGUUUGCAGAUUUUGAAUAUUGUCAGUAUACGACAUACCAUCGGUACUAUAUAGGACACCCCCAAAUCAAAAUGACACAAACGACUUACAAUGAUGGAACGCCGUAUUUUGACUUUGUGUAUCUUCAAACGCGAGUCGAUGAUCUCCACAACUAUUUGUGGACACAAGAAGCUCGUUGGGAAGUCACUGCGAAGUGUUUUGGUGUGAAAGUACUCUUUUAUUAUUCAAGACUUUUAAAUAUGCGGAGUAUGUUAGAAGAGGCGGAGAGUCUUCACAUUCAAACGAUGAUGCUGCAUCAUCGGUUUCACACCAAAUUCAGUUUAGUUGAUUUUAUGCGAGAGGAGUGUAAUAUGAAGAGCAUCGAAGUGGAUGACAUGGUUCUUCCAAAUUCGUUGUUUUCAUUGUACUGUCAAUAUGUAAUUCGUCGACAAGACACCCUUUUCAAGCAUCGAAACUGUUAUCGGACAUUUGUAUCAUUUGUCAGAGAACUUGUUGCCGGUAAUCAUAUUCUGAGAUGUGGUUCUUUACCAAACAAAGACCAUCCAUACAUCUACAAACUUCUUUGCACUAUCAAUUACUUACUUCGUGUCAAGAAGAACUUUCAAUUUACUGAUCUCCCAGAAGUCGGUGUUUCUGAUGGGAAAGAGUCAUACGACUACGCCUACACUUUUACUAAAGACGUUGUGUUCUAUUUUAAUAUUAAAAGCAACACUAACACGAGUUAUGAAGACUUCAUUGAGUGGUAUAAUAUUAAAAUAACUCAAUACAACGCAAUACACCCGUUUCCUUUUUACCAGCGGAUUGUUUUUCCAUGUGAACAGAUGGAGAUAACAUAUCAAUACAUCGACCAAUUGCACAAAACGACUUUAAAUAAGUCUUACUGCGACAUCGAUAAAGAGUUGGAAAAGUGUUUGGUUCUAUUGGAAAAUGUCUCGGUCGAACAGUAUUUCCUCGACCUUAUAUACACGGUGACACAAACUACUCCACUUCUACUAACACGAAAAAAUGAACUCUUCAACCCAACACUAUGGUGCGAGAAUUAUUUUUCUCGUCGAGUUGAAGGUUGUGUGACUUCCAUUUUGCAGAACCAAAAGUCUGAGGUCCAACCAUGUGACUUACUUGUGUCUUUGGCAGACAAAGAAACACCUUCAAGUAAAAAAUUGUUCUCUGUGUUGGACGGUUUCAAAGAGUUUGAGAGAGAGUACUUUGCUUUCCACGAUUUGGAGUUGCGAAUACCUCAAUAUGAUAUUGGGGUAUUUGCAGAUGGUCUUCUCAGACACAGGGAUGUGGCUGUCUUCCAAAAUAGUGUGAAUGUUGAGAGGGGCCUUCCUUUAUUCUUUGCUCUUGACUUCACAUUACAGCAAAGACCAAAUGAGUAUGGGUGGAUUAUCAAAGACGACGAAAGAAAAGACAAGCUGUGUGCGACGUAUACCGUGAGUAGGCAAGGUAUAAGAUUUACACUGUGUUGGGUGGAAUGA